AUGCGGUUACUGGUUUUAUUGGCCUGCUUUGAGGUGUAUUUCGCAGUGACAGAAGCUGCCCGACCAGGGCAAUCCUGCUCUAGUGUGAUUCACUGCGAGGGUGAUUCGGUUUGUAUUGAAGGCUACUGUCUCUGUGUCGAAGGCAUGAAAAAGCUCCAAGAUCUAUGCGUUGAACCGGACGUCCCAACAUCGGACUGGCGGGUGGAAAGUGUGGGAUUGGCGGGUUAUGUCGAGCUU